GAUUAAUUUUUAGUAAUACACAACUCAUUUUGAACAUCUACUAAUGGACACCGACAGAGGAGCCGACUCCAACAGACAAAAGAACCGGCAGGUCGAGAAGAUCCGUCCCUAAUGACUCAGCAUCAUCGACGCAUGCGCAAUACGUUUGGCUAACAAUGUGGCAGCGCUUGUCAAAUCCCUUCAUACGGCUCAAUCAAACGCAAAGUUAUUUAACAUCUAAAUGGUUCAAAGCUCUGCUCGUCCACCGACUGUUCACUAGUGGUGCUGAGCUGACCUACAGCUAUGAUGGGCUGUACCCUGGACACAUCCAGACCACCUCCUUCCAGAAAGCACUGCUGGCCGUCGGAUCAGGAGUGGCGGCUCUGCAGGACCCCUACAGACACGACAUGGUUGCUGUGCUCGGAGAGACGACAGGACAUUUAGCGCUUAUAAAUCUAAAGGAGCGGAUGAAAAAUGACCCCGAGGGUUACACGAUCCUGACAGAAAGGCCAAGAAUCCGUCUGUCUACACUCGAUCUGGAAAAGAUGGCUUCCCUACCAGAUGAGUCGUUUGGACGAGAGUAUCUCAGAUUUCUGGAGGACAAUAAAGUGACGCCUGACUCUAGAGCGGAGGUGAAGUUUGUGGACAACGAGGAGCUAGCGUACAUCAUGCUGAGAUAUAGAGAGGUCCAUGACCUGUUGCACACCUUACUGGGCAUACCCACUAACAUGCUGGGUGAGGUGGCGGUGAAAUGGUUCGAAGCCGCUCAGACGGGGCUUCCCAUGUGCGCCCUGGGAGCCGUGCUGGGGCCACUUCGGCUGAAUGCAAGUCGUUUACAGUCACUCUUCACAUCUUUGGGCCCCUGGGCCCUGCAGAACGGCAGGCGGGCCCGCUGCGUCCUCAGCAUCUUUUACGAGAGGCGAUGGGAGCAGAGCCUGGAGGAUCUCAGGCGGGAGCUGAACAUCGAGCCACCUCCACUCACACUAAGUGCCUCAAACAAGAGGAGGAGACAAAUAUAACAAGAACCUCGUCAUAAACUGAUCAGCAGCCAAACCAAAAAUAUUUGAAGAAUGGCAGUGUGGGGUUUUUGUCUUGUGGGAUGUAAUUAUCUACAGAGGACAUGGGGGAAUUUUGAUUUUGGGAAAGACUGGCUCAUUUAUCUUAUUCACAAAAAGCAUUCAUUAACUCCGUUUUCAACGUGUGGCAUAUUUAAGUUUCCAUUUCCUUCUUAUUCUGACUUCAUCCUUCAAGAACUUCAGCAGUCAGUUUAGAAUGUGAUUCGUUUGGAGCAGGAAAUACCAAAACUACACUUCAGAUCCUAAAAAUGGACGGUUCUAUUAGCAAAUAUAAUUUUCACAUUUACAUAAUGGCCAUUAUUAUCCACAAUCUUAUUUACUAGAACCUGAUAUCAUCUCUCAUCAGUCUGUUUAAGUGCUUCUGAUUAAACCUGUUUUAACCAAGUGGUUUAAGUAGCGUUGGUGCAGCUGUUUAACCUUUAAACAUUCUUCUCACAAAAACCACUUUUAGCAAGAAUGCCAUCAACAUGAAAUAAAAUGGUGAGCAGAAGUUUCAUCAUCUGCUUUUUGUUCUGACUAAUAGCACAUACCUAAUAAUGAUCAGUUGCAGUAAAACCACAUCUCCAGGAAAUGAGAGUCCAGGAAGUCUGCGAUUAAUUUACCCAGAAGUUCUGUAGAAAUGAUACUAAUAUACAGCUGGUCUUCCCCCAAUCGGUUUUUCAUUUCUACAGAAAAUAGGUAGCAUUUGUCACUGUCCAACAUUAAGUAUAUGAUUACAAAGAAGUAAGCUUGUAGAGACGAUUGAAAUAUUAAAGAUUAUGUGUAACUUUUAAAAAUGAACUUUUGACAUAGAGCACAAAUAGUCCAGCAGUCAUUGUUGUAAUACAUAGUGUGAGUUUGCAACUAAAUUAUGAUUUUAUGUAAAAUGUAAAUAGCCGUGGAAAACAAAA